CCGGGCAGCCUAUUGCCAUGACGCUUAUAAACAUGGACUGCCCUGUCGCAUGCUGCUCUUCGAUUGAGCGCUCCGCGGCACCGCACACGACCUAGUUAAGCCUCAUCUUCACAAGGACGAAAAGACCUCUCUAAAGGGCUGCAACCGCCAUGUCAUCAGGGAAGCGCAUCGUCUUUACUGGCGGCUCAGGCAAGGCUGGGCGCCAUGUUCUCCCGUACCUGAUCCAAAAGGGCUACUCGGUCCUCAACCUGGAUCUCACCGACUUCCCGGACCCAGAAGCAGGCAUAUUUACGCUCAAAACCGACCUCAAAGACAGCGGCCAGGUCUUCAAUGCGCUCACCACGCACUUCAACUUUGCCGGCUACGAGGGUCCCCACGUGCCUGGUCCCCCAGACGCCGUCAUCCACUUUGCAGCCUACGCACGCAACAUGCUGGUGCCAGACAACGAAUGCUACGCAGGAAACGUGCAAUCCACCUACAAUGUCAUCGAAGCCGCAUGCAAGCUCGGCGUCCGCAAAAUCAUCAUCGCCAGCAGCGAAACCACAUAUGAAGUGUGUUUCGGCCAGGGCAACCUCGACUACACUGCCUUUCCGCUUCUCGAAGACGCCGACGUCAACCCCAUGGAUACAUAUGCCAUAUCCAAGCUAUGCGGCGAGCGCGUAGUCCGGGGUUUCGCCCGCCGCUUCGACGCCGACAUUUACGCUUUGCGCAUCGGCAACGUGAUUGAGCCGCACGAGUACGCGCGCGACUUUCCCUACUACAUCCAGCACCCCGAGGUGCGCAAGCGCAACGCCUGGGCCUACAUUGACGCGCGGGAUCUCGGCCAGAUCUGCGAUUUGUGCGUGCAAAAGGAUGGCUUGGGCUUCCAGGUCUUCAAUGCCACCAAUGAUACCAUCACCGCGACGUUUCCCACAAGGCAGUUUCUAGAGCAGUAUGCGCCCAACACGCCAAUCACGCGCGACAUGGGCGAGUGGGAGGCGCCAUUGAGUAAUCGCAAGAUUAAAGAGGUGCUGGGUUUCAGAGAGCAACAUAAUUGGAGGAAGUACUAUAAUCCUGAUCAGUAG